CGGAAAGUUGUGUUUAUCAGCUGCUUGCUUCCUUAUGCAGAUGUUCCUCCAAUAUACGAAAGUAUUAUGAGAAAGAAAUUAAAAGAGUUAGGAGACAAUAUCAGGUUUUACAGUGCUAUGGGUAUAUGCAGUGAGAUGGGGGUUAGAUUGGGAAAUACUGAUAGAGAGAAGAGUUUUUAUUCAGUGCUAGCUAAGUUUAUUCAGAACCUUCCAGAGGAGUUUAUUUUCCUUGAUGAGUUUGGGGAAACAUUGGAUAGCAAGGAUAAAGAAGACUUGUUAGGAGUAACUGGUUACAUGGCUGGUAUUGAAGGUAAACAUCUUAUCAUUUCCCUCCAUCCUAGAUGCAACAUUGAUGUGAGUAAACUGAAGGACCAGGGCUAUGAGAUUUCAGAGUUGAAGUAUAUAAUGAGGAAUACAGCUUCUAUAUGGAAAUAUGAUAAAUCUGUUUCUGGUUCUGCGAGUGAUAGUUUAAGCUCAACAGUACUUGGUCUUCAACCUGUUUAUAUAGUUGGUAGUGAAGAUAUGGAUUUCUACAGCAGAACAGUUGAAGAAGUUUGUAAGAAGAGAAAAAAGUUUGUCUGUUUUAUUCCAGAUAGAUACAUAUAUGAUGAUAAUCAGUUUAAGGCUGAACUAGGAAGGAGAGGAAUAGAAACAUUUGAAUACCUGAAAGUAGGAGAUGAGGAGAACCUGGAUACGUUUCUAGAAUCCCAGGAAGGAUGUCUCAUCACUAGAUAUCAGCAUGCCAGGGGUACAGAGUGUACUACACUCCUAGUCUUUGAAAGGAAUGACAUGGAACCUAGACUAUUGAGAGGAACUACACACCUUGUAUUUGCAGAUCUAGACCGUGAUAAUAAUCCUGUUAGUGUAGAAGAACCUGAGCCAGGUUAUAUAUUAAUACAAGGGAAUAAACAUGAUCCUGUUGUCUACAGUAGUCUGGUGGACAAGAUGCUGGAGAAGAAAGUAGAGAGAUAUAUAGUUAUUUAUGAAUAUUCCUUUGUGCAACUAUUUCUGAUUGAACUAGAGAGGAGAGGUCUACCCACUCCAGUAAAGAUACCUAGAGCCAUGUAUUCUGUGGAAGAUAUAACAACACAUCUCCAGGAGAAUAGAUCAGGAGGUAUUAUGUAUCAAAGAUGGGGUAUUGAAGAUUGUUUAGAGUGGAUUGGAGCAAACAGCAAGAUACCUAUUAUUUACAUAGAUGAUAGGGAUUUUGUAGAAGAUGUUAAACGUAUUCGUGAAGGAAACCCAACCCUCUUCAUCCGUGUUAAUGUGCAAUAAUAGUUGUGCAAAACAAGAGAUAGGGUAUUCAGGAUAUCACAGAAAAUCAUGGCAGAACAAAUAAUUCAAAUAUUGGGAUUUGGAAACUUUGUCAAAUUGUAUAUUUAACCUAUUUAAUCAAUGUUUCUAUUUUCAUAUCUAAGAUAUGAAUGAUUUGAUUUAUUUUGAAAUGUUAUUAUACUGUAUCCUUGAUUAAUUAAAAUUUCUGAUUAUC